GAGAUUCCAGUCUGGAGCGCGCUGUGUGGUCACCGUUCCCCAGGUGGUAUCGGGCCCAGGAGGCCCUUCGCUCAGUGAGGGACACAGAGGAGGGCUAUGGACAUGUUUUCGAGAAGCCAGAUUCACUGAAAGCCAAAUCUCCCCAGGCUCCUGAUAAAGACAGCUCUCAGGACCCACGGAGAGCUGCGAGGACCCCGAGCAGCAGUCAACAUUUAUGGCAAAAAAAAAUGCCAAGAAGGAAGUGACAGGCAGGAACUGGAAUCAAGACGCUGAAGAGGAGGGAACAUUCUCACUGGCCAGUCAGGAUGUCCUGAGGAAUAGAACCAUAAAGAGAGCCAAGCGGAGACACACCAGAUUCCAGUCAGAUGGUGGAGGGACUUCCAAAGGGGAUAAAGGCUUGGCUGUGACUUCCGGAGGAGGAGAAUUUGGCAAUGGCCCUGGAGAGAAGCCUCGGGAAGGAAUAACAACCAGAAAGAACACAGCCAAGGCAGCCGCGGAGCCCAAGGCAGCCCUGGGUUCUGUCACUGCAAAUGGCCCCACCUCUUUGGACCACGAACAGACCUCAGAUCCCCAGACUAAUGGCCACAGUCAGCAUGCUGCCUACUUGGGCCUUUCUUUCAGUCAAGCCUAUGCUGCGAGUGUCUACCACAGGCAGUUGACUGGACUGAACUGCUCUGUCCGGGACUGGAUAGUGAAGCACGUGAACGCAAACCCGUUCUGCGACCUGACGCCCGUCUUUAAACAGUAUGAGAAGUACUUAGUAGCCAUCGAAAAGCAGCUCCACAGCAGCUAUGGCUGUCUUUCCGAAAGAGAGCUCCACAGGGGUUUGGUUGGGACACAGCCUCCUUCCCUAGGUGUUGCCGCCACCGAACUGCAGCCAGCAUCUGUGGCCUCUGAAAAGACAGAGUUAGUAGUGGACAAGACAGCAGACCCCCCGCAGGGAGCGACAAUGACUUUGUGUAACUUUGUCAAGAACACUGAAAGCCCAUGGUCCUUAAGCUCUGGUCCCAUGAAUGGAGUGUCAUCGCCCACCAGAAGCUCCAGCUUCACGGGUAAAGGCACCACCCCGAGGAAACCAGCAUCCGCAAAAGCUCUGGAAAGUCCAGCACAUGGCGGCAGUGAUGAAAGCAAAGACAAAACGGAUGAGCUGCCCAAGGCGGUCCUCAUUGAAGGGAAGGAGGAGGACGUUUUCUACUCCAAAAAAUGUAGACUAUUUUACAAGAAAGACAAUGAAUUUAAAGAAAAAGGUGGGGGCAUACUGCAGUUAAAAGCCACAGCCAAUCAGAAGACGCGGCUCUUGGUGCAGGAUACGAAGUUAGGCAACAUACUCCUAAACGUUCUGGUCCCUCCCAACAUGCCCUGCACCCGAAAGGGGAGGAACAAUGUCCUCAUCAUCUGUGUGCCCAACCCACCGCUUGAUAAGAAGAGUGCUGCCAUCGAGGUCACCAUGCUCAUUCGGGUGAAGACAUGUAAGGACGCAGAGGAACUGCACAAAAUUUUACUGCAGAGAAAGGGUGCUUGAGCACAAAAUCCACUGGGGAGCUUGCCAACUUCCUGCUUUUUUGUUCUGUCCCCCAAAUGUAGUUACUUAUCUGUUUUGUUUAUGACACCCUAAAAACUUCCAUGUGACAAAAAUUUUUGUGAGGAAAAUUAAGGCCAGCAAAAACUUCAGUGUUCAGUUGAGUGUGGAGAAAGUGUUCUCCCUUUUUCAGAACUGCCUAACAUGCAGAAUACUUUUAAAUAAAAAGAUUUUGGAAAUUU